UGGGGCAGCCAGAGGAGGAGGCGGCGCGGCGGUGGCGCUGCGGAGACCGAGUCCAGACGCCAGGCGGCCGCCGGCGCACAAGGCGCUUUCUAGCUCCCUCCCCCGAGUGUGCAGCCCGCCUCCUUCCGCGGCGCCUGCAGCCGCAGGCUCACUCUCGCCUCCCGAGACGCUGUCCCCGAGACGCCCCGGGGGUCGCGGCACCGUGUCCGCGGCGUGCGGAUCGUGAGGCCAAGGCGAACGGCCAGCGGUAGCGGGUCUGCGAGCCAGCGCCCCGGGCUAGGUCCUCUCCCGCCCGGUGAUCCAGGCAAGAACCCAGCUGGUUGUGCUCUGAGGCCAGUGUCGCCGCUGCUGAGUGGAAACACAAUGUCCGUCAGCGUGCACGAGAACCGCAAGUCCAGGGCCAGCAGUGGCUCCAUUAACAUCUAUCUGUUCCACAAAUCUUCCUAUGCUGACAGUGUCCUCACUCACUUGAACCUUUUACGCCAGCAGCGUCUUUUCACUGAUGUCCUUCUCCAUGCGGGAAAUAGAACCUUCCCUUGUCACCGGGCAGUGUUGGCUGCGUGCAGCCGCUACUUUGAAGCCAUGUUCAGUGGCGGCCUGAAAGAAAGCCAGGAUAGUGAAGUCAACUUCGACAACUCCAUCCACCCAGAAGUGCUGGAGCUGCUGCUCGACUAUGCGUACUCCUCCCGGGUCAUCAUCAAUGAAGAAAAUGCAGAAUCGCUUUUGGAAGCUGGCGACAUGCUAGAGUUUCAAGACAUCCGGGAUGCAUGUGCGGAGUUCCUGGAGAAGAACCUGCAUCCCACCAACUGCCUGGGCAUGCUACUGCUGUCGGAUGCGCACCAGUGCACCAAGCUGUAUGAGCUCUCCUGGAGGAUGUGUCUCAGCAACUUCCAAACCAUCAGGAAGAACGAAGAUUUCCUUCAGCUGCCCCAGGACAUGGUAGUGCAGCUCUUGUCCAGUGAAGAGCUGGAGACAGAAGAUGAGAGGCUUGUGUAUGAGUCUGCAAUUAACUGGAUCAGCUAUGACCUGAAGAAGCGCUACUGCUACCUCCCAGAGCUGCUACAGACGGUGAGGCUGGCUCUCCUGCCGGCCAUCUAUCUCAUGGAAAAUGUGGCCAUGGAGGAACUCAUCACCAAGCAGAGGAAGAGCAAGGAGAUUGUGGAAGAGGCCAUCAGGUGCAAACUGAAAAUCCUGCAGAAUGAUGGCGUGGUAACCAGCCUCUGUGCCCGGCCUCGGAAAACCGGUCAUGCCCUCUUUCUCUUGGGAGGGCAGACUUUCAUGUGUGACAAGCUGUAUCUGGUAGACCAGAAGGCCAAAGAAAUCAUUCCCAAGGCCGACAUCCCCAGCCCAAGAAAAGAGUUCAGUGCAUGUGCAAUUGGCUGCAAAGUGUACAUUACUGGGGGGCGGGGGUCUGAAAAUGGAGUCUCAAAAGAUGUCUGGGUUUAUGAUACCCUGCAUGAGGAGUGGUCCAAAGCUGCCCCCAUGCUGGUGGCCAGGUUUGGCCAUGGCUCUGCUGAACUAAAGCACUGCCUGUAUGUGGUCGGGGGGCACACGGCCGCAACCGGCUGCCUCCCGGCCUCCCCCUCAGUCUCUCUAAAGCAAGUAGAACAUUAUGACCCCACAACCAACAAAUGGACCAUGGUGGCCCCACUCCGAGAAGGUGUCAGCAAUGCCGCAGUAGUGAGUGCCAAACUCAAGCUGUUUGCUUUUGGAGGUACUAGCGUCAGUCAUGACAAGCUUCCCAAGGUUCAGUGUUAUGAUCAGUGUGAAAACAGGUGGACGGUACCGGCCACCUGUCCCCAGCCCUGGCGUUACACAGCAGCAGCUGUGCUGGGUAACCAGAUUUUUAUUAUGGGGGGAGAUACAGAGUUCUCAGCCUGCUCUGCUUAUAAGUUUAAUAGUGAGACUUACCAGUGGACCAAGGUGGGAGACGUGACAGCAAAGCGCAUGAGCUGCCAUGCUGUGGCCUCCGGAAACAAGCUCUACGUGGUUGGGGGAUACUUUGGCAUUCAGCGAUGCAAAACUCUGGACUGCUAUGAUCCCACAUUAGAUGUGUGGAGCAGUAUAACCACCGUCCCAUACUCUCUAAUUCCUACUGCAUUUGUCAGCACCUGGAAACAUCUACCUUCUUAAACUCAGUACAGCCUAAAGAAAGUGAGCAUGAGCUCAUUCUAUCAUUUGGUGAGACAAAAUGAGAUUCUACUUUGGAGAGGCCAAAUUCAAUGAAGAGAAAGAAAAGAAAAAGAAGUGGCUACAAGACUCAUACGAUCCACUUCAUCUUGUAAAUGCUCUGACUGAACAUGAAGGAAGGGGUGGGGGAGGGGGUGGGAUUUUCAUUGCAAGUAGCACAUGGUUUAAAUAUGAAUGAAUGAACCUGUGAUCUAGUCCUUGUCUUGUAAUUGUGGAUUAAUGUCAGCGUUAAUCAGCCCUUCAAUGGAAGAGAAAAGCCGAGCCCUUUCCCUUGCUGUACCAUAUUCAGCAUUUGAUUUACAUGGGCUCCACCAUUUAUGUGUAAAAUUUGAAAUGGUUGUCAGCGCUCUCUGAGGAGCAAGCUUGAAGCCUCCACACCAGCUGCUGUUGGAGAUUGAAAGCCCAACUGUGGGGCUGGAGGGGAGCUGGCUGGGCUUGCUGCAGAGGGAGGGUCGCAGACUCCACUGAUGUCUGAGGGGCUGUGCACCCCAGGAAGGGUUCUGAACAAUGGGGACAUUGUUGCUAGCUGUUUGGUAGGUGUUCAUUUCUAUUUAUAAGUGACUUUGAACUUUCCCUUGGCUGUUCAGAAAUGUUACAGAUAUUAGCUAUUUAUUGUUUGAUACCUGCAUGCUGAAACACUGCUUAUGGUUGUCUUCACGUGUAUGGACCUGUGUGAAUGGUUGUAUGUUUUGCACAAUUUUGUGGCUGUGUGCUGUGCUUUGCUGCACAAAAAAAACUUUGGAGUUACAAUUUGGAAUAUUACUGGAGGGUGGGUUGGGGAGGGGGGAUUGUGUAAAUGUCAAGACAGGGAAGGAGUACAAAUGCAAACUUUAACAUCCUAGAGGUAGAGAGAGCAUGGAGGUCCCCUUUCUUAGACUCACCAAUUUUUAAUGGCGUUUCAUGGGCUCUGGCCAUGCUGACAGCUCGUGGAGUGAGGGAAGCCUUCUUGCUCCCCUGCUCCUUCCCAGAUGAUUCACUUACUUCAGUCUCUGCUACUGAAAUUUGUAAAGGACCAAAUCGCUUUGUAGGUUUUUUCUUUGUGUAAUAUCCUGAAAUCCUGGAAAAUUCUAUGGAAUAGUUCUGUAUAUAGGGCACAGGUAAAGGCACUACCCAAAGGUUAUUUAUUUAUCUAUUUAUUACCCUAUGAGAAUGCUUUGCCAUAAUCACAGUUAAUGGGGAAAAACUGAAUAGUCACAGAUACAAAUUAAGUCGCUGGUUGGAUUUGCUUGACCUGGAUUCAUUGUUCUUUAGUCUUGCUGAGCGAUUUAGCAAGUGCUGGAAGUUCUCCCAGAUAAUACUCACAUUGGUACAACGUAUACUUUAGUGCUCACCCUUAGGUAAGUCUCUAAAAGAUUACCCUUUGGUGCACAAAAAUGACACAUUGGGCUACCAAACACCAAAGAACUGUGAGCAGUGGCCCCGAUUGAGAGGUUUUCCGGGAUAGUUGGUAAUCUGUUGUGAAUACAUUCUUUGCUAGUUUGAGUGCUUGUUUACUAAACAUGUCGUGAUAGGUGGUAUUGCUAGACUCACACGGGUGCUUCCUCAGAGGUGUGAGGGGAAGACCAGAGUUUGCAACUCACACUGCUUGCAUCAAUGUUUCUCACAUUACUGUAUUUUAGAAAAUAGGGCUUGAGACUGAUAAUAACCCUUUACAUUGUGAGUGUGUUUGCAUUGUCUAAUGACAGAUAAAUCCUUAACAUUUCUCUUCACCUGAAUACUAGACUAAUUGUACACAUUGUCUGUGCCAUGAAUGAGUGCGCUGUAGUUGGACCAAAAUAAAUGAGCUGUUGGGAUGAAAGAAUCACAAUGCUUUUCCAGCAGUCAGUCCCUGGCGCCUAGAUGUGUUCUAAGCGAUGCAAGUGUCUAAUUGUACCCUGGCCGUGUAGUUGGUGUCAUUAUAUUGUAGCAGUUACAGCUCUAGUUUUUGAUGCAAAUCGGCCACGAUGUGUGUGUGUCACUGCAUGGCUUCUGAAAGCAGAAUGGAUUUUCUGCAGCUGUUUCAAAGUUGUGGUCUGUCCUUGAAUCCUCUAUUAAUUACUGUGUGUGAGCCAAAGGGAGCCGUGGUCAGGGUGGGCCCCCAGCCUGCAGGGAACUUUCUGGACUCCCACUCUUUGAAUUGAUGUACGCAUUUGGGCUCACUACUUGACCAUUUUCACCCUAUGAAACGUCCCCCACUUUGAAGCAAAUACAAUUCACAGUGCAGUGCACACAAAAACCUUGGCAUAAGACAGAGAAGGUUCUUCUUAUUCUGUGGAUUGGUUGCUGUGGAGACGGAUAACAAAGGGCAGGCUUCCACUUCUGGUAUAAUUGUGUAGCCCGCUUUUCUCUGGGCUUGACACCUGUCUGAAUAAGAGUGAUUAGAGCUGAAUAAUAUCCCUCUCUUGGCUAUUGAAUAUGUGGUUCACAUACGAAACUCUGUAAGUUGAAGUAAAGUGUUCAUGUUCAUAUGUACUGUUUGCUACUACAUUUUUGAGGUUUUGUAAAACUGUUAAUUUGUUUUUCACAAUGUGAAACUGAAGGUCAAAUAAAUUAUUAGAGAUUUUCUCUU